AUGGCCUGUAAUCCUUAUGCCACCACCAUAGCAGAUAACACUGAAGUGACAGGCACUUAUCCUACAACAGCUUGUUCGCCUGCUCAACAGAGGUCGCAACAACGGUCAGGCAAUCGCAGAGCCUCAACCACAGAUAAUGGAGACGACCAAUCAAGGCAGAGUAGGCUGUCAACGAAAGACAUAUUGUGCCGUAUUGCUCAGGUGCACCAACAAACAGUGAGAGGAAACUUUCAGGCACCGGCAUGUCUUAUCACUCCGGCUUUGCGGGAUCUCACCAGCUUGGCUUUUCCGUCACAGCCAUACACCCAACAGACCAGACUAUCUCACGACGACUCGAGGGAUCUUACGUCCUUGUCGCGGCUCAGACACAAUACCAUACCAAACCAUCCAAUCAAAACAGGAGCUGGCCCUCAACAACGAUGUGGUGUAGGCGUGCAGGCCGAUCUCGACUUCGACCUUGGUGUUGUAGAUGGAGACUCAGUAUUACCUUCUGACGAGUAUGGUUGGGAGGUACAAGCAAUGCAAAGCACUAUCCCUCCCGUCACAAUCGACAACCUCAAAGAGCUUGAGCUGCCUGCCAUCCAGAAUACCUUGUCGUUGCGCAUAGACCUUUGUUUCGACCAUGACCUCUUUUUUCAACGCAUAAGCGGUUUGAAGGGGGAAGAGAAGCGCACAAAAGCCAAGAUUUACUAUCAGUGCCUGUCUCUCGAAUUACAAGCUAUCACCCACGAUCUGCAGGGUUCGUGUCAAGAAUGCUUAGGCCAAGGACAUGAACAGUAUUUUCACUUGCCUUCACGACUUGCUUCCUUCUUUACCACCCUGCGAGAUUUGCUUGAGCUACUUGUGCCAGAGAACGAGAAAGAAGAUGUCGUUCAAAAGAUCGAUGUCGAGUGGCUGACAAAGCAGGUUAGGACAGGUCAGUUCGACCUUGUAUCAUUUUCCACCUGGCUAUGCGAUCUCAUCACUAGUCACUGCGCCCCUAUGCGAGAUGAGAUGGCACAGGACAUGCGGGACAAGGUGAUUGCUGGGGCGGAGACCAACAACAUGGACCUCCUAGUGCAAGGCCUAGAAACUCUUCUGAACCUUCUCGAGAACAUGAAAAUUGAUGUGGCGAACCAUCAAGUGCGCAGUUUCAAACUGCUUCUUAUUUCUGAUACUGUACCUUUCCUCAGAGAUUGCUUUAAGAAGAUGAUAGAAAAUCAUCAACUCGAUGUUCUAGGUUCAAAGCGUUGGUUUGCUAGCCUCUGUAAACAGCACGAGUUCAGCUCCGAGUCUGCUUUCGAAUGUGUCGUUCUGGGUCUUGUCGAUAUCUGCUGUGACUCCAACAAAUCGCUUCCCAGCACGCUCAGCUAUGACAAAGAACGACUGCAGGUCCUGCAAAACGACAUCGUCGAUUUGAUCCAGCUAGACAUAUGCCUGGAAACUUUCGAAGAGCUUGCUAGGAAGCAACCAGGACGCCAUCCUUCACCAUCAGAGGUUCAAAGAAUUUCGGAUCGCCUAAAACAGCUCAUGACAAAUGACGGGGUCUGCGAAGGAGUCGAGCUACAUCGCGAAGAAAUAAUCGGGGAGAUAGCACGAGCUGCUGCUGGUGUCGGAGUCGGCGACGUGCUCUCAACGCCCUCCAACAUAGCCACAGUCCAUUUCGAUCAAGCUGAUCUUCACCUUAGACGCAAUCUUCGACAGAAGUACAGUCAUGGAUUAGAAGUUCUUACCUCACAACUUAGCGAAAAAACUUCGUGGCACGCAAAUCGGUUCUCGCGACUCCCUGAUACACUGGCCAUAUCCAACGAUCAACGAUCAUGGUCAGCACGAAGGUCCGAGAAGGGCUUCUCAGCAGCUCCUGAUCUAGAGGAUAUUGCACGACGACUGGCACAUAUCGCUGUCAUCCAUUGGCAGGUCUGGCACGAUCUGGUGUACCUUGGUAAUCCGUUCGGCUCGGAAGACAUGUUUUCUGGUUUCAGGAGUUCUGGUACUCGGCUUGUUUAUUGA